CUGCCCCGGCGCUAGCGGCCCCAGUGGCAUGAGGAGGUCACCGGACGUCAGCCCCCGGAGACUGUCGGACAUCAGCCCCCAGCUCCGGCAGCUGAAGUACUUGGUGGUGGACGAGGCGAUCAAGGAGGACCUGAAAUGGUCGCGCUCGGUGGAGGACCUCACCAGCGGGCCCGUGGGGCUCACGUCCAUCGAGGAGCGGAUUCUGCGCAUCACCGGCUACUAUGGCUACCAGCCCUGGGCCGCAAGCUACAAAAGGGAGGAGCGCCCCCAGGAGCCCCCGGGCCCGACGGAGGCCCCAGCAUCGGUGGGAUCGGAUGCUGGCGGGAGGACCAGCCGCCGGCGCUGGACCUGCUCACGGGGGCAGCUGCAGAAGACCUUCUGGGGCGUGGCCGUGGUGUUGUGCGUCUGCGCCUCCUGGGCUGGUGCCGCACAGCUUGCCAAACUCACCUUCCGUACCUUCGACGCUCCCUUCACCCUUACCUGGUUCGCCACCAACUGGAACUUUCUGUUCUUCCCCUUGUACUACGCGGGCCACGUGUGCAAGUCCACGGAGAAGCAGUCUGUGAAGCAGAGGUACAGGGAAUGCUGUCGAUUUUUUGGAGACAAUGGCUUGACUUUGAAGGUGUUUUUUACCAAGGCAGCACCUUUCGGUGUUCUUUGGACACUCACAAACUACCUGUACUUACAUGCAAUAAAGAAAAUAAACACUACGGAUGUCUCCGUGUUGUUCUGCUGCAACAAAGCUUUUGUGUUCUUGCUCUCAUGGAUCGUUCUCAGGGACAGGUUCAUGGGAGUGAGGAUCGUGGCUGCCAUCCUCGCCAUCGCCGGCAUCGUGAUGAUGACCUACGCCGAUGGCUUCCACAGCCACUCCGUCAUUGGCAUCGCUCUGGUGGUGGGCUCUGCGUCCAUGUCGGCUCUCUACAAGGUUCUCUUCAAGCUCCUGCUGGGCAGCGCGAAGUUUGGAGAAGCUGCCUUAUUCCUGUCCAUCCUGGGUGUGUUCAACAUCCUCUUUAUCACCUGCAUCCCUGUCAUCCUCUACUUCACCAAAGUGGAAUACUGGAGCUCCUUCGAUGACAUUCCAUGGGGAAACCUUUGUGGAUUUUCCAUCCUCUUAUUGACAUUCAAUAUUGUAUUAAAUUUUGGAAUUGCUGUUACAUACCCCACGCUGAUGUCUCUCGGAAUCGUCCUCAGUGUCCCUGUGAACGCAGUGGUGGAUCACUACACCAGUCAGAUAGUCUUCAACGGGGUUCGGGUCAUCGCCAUCAUCAUCAUCGGCCUGGGCUUCCUCCUCCUGCUCCUGCCAGAGGAGUGGGACGUCUGGUUGGUCAAGCUGCUCACCCGCCUCAAAGUGAGGAAGAAGGAGGAGACAGCUGAAGGUGGGGCAGACCCGGGCUCGGGACCCCAGAACAGGAGCAGGAGAGCCCGCCCUUCCUUCGCACGCUAGGGCCACUCCUCUGGGACCGUGGGGACGUCCCGGCGGUACUGAUUUGGUCUCUUCUGUUGGGAGGAGACUUGGGGGGGCAAGGUGUACAUACCUGUACAGUUUUGGUAACCUGCGGUAAGUUCUAUGGUAUUUAUUGGCAUGUCCAACUUGCUUGCACUUUUCCACAUCAGACCUUCCACUUAAGGGAACCAAUUCAAUAUGGCAGAGAAAAGAACCUCUUAGUGCUCUUUCAAUGAAUGUAAAGUAGGUUAAAAUGAGCCGUAUUGACUGCUUCGGAAGACAGGCGUGUUUUGAAUCUUAGCAACUGAAAAUGACAUUGUACACUGUGAUUAUUUUUCAGCUAUAAUAGGUCAUAUUUUGUUUUAUAUCAGAGCUGUACUUUUAAUUUUAAGGAAUUUCAAUGAACCAAAAGAUGACUGUCAGUUCAUUCGGAUGGAUGGAUGGGUGGGUGGGUGAGAAGAGAAUAAACAGGAAAGGAUAAUGGACAUGAACACCAUCGCAGAACAGGCCUGCAUGUCACAGGGAAGAAGGAAGUCCAACCCCAGCCGGCCUGCACUCUUGUGUCUUCGCAAGAUCACACAGGAGAAUUUAUAGUGCCUUCUACAGAAUUUUCGUCUUUACCUAUGUGAAGCGAGGUGACAUUCUAAGUCACUGGCGUCGUCUUACAAUUUAGAUGUAGAAAUCUUUAGAAACAAAUAAACCUAUGUGUGUGUGUGUGUGUGUGCGUGUGUGCGUGUGUGCGUGUGUGUGUGUGUGUGUACAAAAAUAACAAAGCUGGUGACCAGUGUAUUGGGGACGUGGUGGAAGGUGUACGAUAUGCAGAGAUGGAAGAUGUGCUGGAAUGGAGUUGCUAACGGCUUUUACUUCAAGACCAAGACUGAAAAAUUAUUUACUGAAUCUGUAAACCUUUUUAUGAAACUUUUAAGCACCAGGCUGUUUCCUUACACAAUUUAGGUCAGCCAGAAAAUUCUAUCUGUGAUAGAUAUGUAAAGAGGGACCUGGGGUUAGAGUUUACUAUUUUUGAAGUUUACAUUGUUACAUAUGAAAUGGAAACAUUAUUUUGAAAUGUUGUCAUAACCCAAUGGUGCAUUCUGUAACCAUGGAGUCUUUCGUUUCCUGGGGGACAGGGGCAUUCAUGACCUGAACUUUUUAGCAAAUUAUUAUUCUCAGUUUCCAUUACCUGUUUGGCCAAACAGGAUAAUAAAAUAUUUGAAAAAGAAGUGUUGAGUGUGGUCUUGGUGGCCAUUUUGUCACUUUCUACUGUGAGGGUCCUGUAAGGCUCCCUCCAGGCAGGUAAGCCCACCUUGCUGCUUCGAGGGAUGGUAACUCUCACUGUAACACAGACCUAACUUGUGAGACAGUGCCAUGUAGAAGUGUCCUCAGGUGUUAUGACACUGUUGAUGGCCCUCUUGCUUCACUGUUUCCCCUUGCCCCUCCCCUAGCCAUCUCUGCUCGGCUCCACAGAUCUCCUGCCUCUUUUCCUCUUCAGAGGCUUCCUCGUCAGACUCACACUGGCCACGAAUUCCCCCUCAACAUGCUACCCCUUGCUUCCAACACACGUAUCCCAUCAUUCUUGCCAUUUUUUGAACUGUUUCUAGAAAUCCUCUUUCAUGAAUGUCUUUGCUUGUGCUCUGAUGGCUGCCUCAACAUCCUGAAUGGAUCCAAAACAUUUGCCUUUCAUGGUCAUUGACUUUAAGGAAGAGCCAGAAGCUGCCCAGUGCCAAAUCCUUGGAUACAGGCCAUGAGGACAUACCAUAAUGAUUUUACAAGCUGGCCUUUCCAUCAGAUGGCACUCAGUGGCAGCAUUUAGAGUUCUUUUUGAAUCAUAAUUUGUAAGACACUCACAGAAGACUUCCAGAACUGCUUCAGAAUGUGACAUGAACAAUCAGAGAAGUUUGUCAAAGUGAGAAGUGUUUUGAGGGUAAUUAAUAGCCAUGUGUCUUUUACUGUAAUAAGAAGUCAAGUAUUUACCAUGUUUUUAACCACCCCGUGUAUUUCCUC